GUUGUCUCAUAUUCAUAUUUCUUGUUUCACACAGACACUCACUACACUCUGCCUCAUCAACAAUCAAAUCGGCGACAAAGGAGCCCAAUAUCUAGGUGAAGCAUUAAACAAGAACACGGUGAGAGAAGUAGUCUCUUCAUUGUCUCAUAAUGAUGUUUCUUGUUUCAUACAGACACUCACGGAACUCCAGCUUGAUAGCAAUCAAGUCGGUGACAAAGGUGCACAAUAUCUAGAUGCUGCAUUACAUAAGAACACAACACUCACUACACUCUGGCUCAAUAAUAAUAAAAUCGGCGACAAAGGUGCACAAUAUCUAGUGUGUUAUCAGUCAGUAAACAAUCCAGCUGAGCGCUUUCGAUCACGUUUGUCGGAUGUCAUGUCGGAAACAUAUCUAUUUGAUGAACAAAAACUAACAAAAGUAUUUAGAAAUAUGAAUAUUUCUGGAGAAAUUGGCUAUAUUCAGCAAUAG